AUGUACAUUUCAGUGUCAGUGGGUGAGCGAGACCCUUACGGCUACGGGUAUGGAGGCGGGGGAGGGGGGCACCACUUCGCCGCACCCGCGCCGCCCCCCCUCCCUCAUGAUGACCUCCCCUAUUCUGUCUUCGACUUCGGGGACUACCAGCGGCACCACCAUCACAAUAAACUCAAGCCCAAGAAGAGGCCGCGACCCGACGGGCCACCCACGCCCGGAGUCAAACGCAAGAGUCGCGAGGGAUCCACGACUUAUCUUUGGGAGUUCCUUCUGAAACUCCUUCAGGACAGGGAAUACUGCCCGCGGUACAUUAAGUGGACGAACCGCGAGAAAGGCGUGUUUAAACUCGUGGACUCGAAGGCGGUGUCUCGGCUGUGGGGUCUCCACAAGAACAAGCCAGAUAUGAACUACGAGACCAUGGGCCGAGCCCUGCGUUACUACUACCAGCGCGGGAUACUCGCGAAGGUCGACGGGCAGAGGCUGGUGUAUCAGUUCGUCGAUGUGCCCAAAGAUAUCGUCGAGAUAGAUUGCUCGCUCGCGUAA